ACUCGAUACGGAUAGAAGCGGCGCGACCGAGAAGCCUGAUUCCACCAGAGGAGCAGAAGCGCUGCCGGCGAGAUGGGCCGCGUCCGGACUAAGACGGUGAAGAAGUCCUCCCGACAAGUCAUCGAGCGCUACUACUCGAGGAUGACCCUCGACUUCCACACCAACAAGAAGAUCCUGGAGGAGGUGGCCAUCAUCCCCUCCAAGCGGCUUCGCAACAAGAUCGCCGGGUUCAGCACCCACCUGAUGCGCCGGAUCCAGCGCGGCCCUGUCCGCGGCAUCUCCCUCAAGCUCCAGGAGGAGGAGCGCGAGCGCCGCAUGGAUUUCGUGCCGGACGAAUCCGCCAUCAAGGUCGAUCACAUCGAGGUCGACAAGGAGACCCUCGACAUGCUCGCGUCGCUCGGCAUGCCGGACCUUCCCGGCGUCGAGAAGCAGGCGGAUGCCCCUGCGCCACCCGCCUUCCCGUCUCGCCCUGGUGGUGGUGGUGGUUAUGGCCGCAGGCCAUGAGGUUGCGUUACAUCCUUCUAGCUAUGAGCUCGCUUUCCCUAAAUCCGCAUGGUUGGAGAACGAUUACUACUUUAGCAACUUAAAAUUUAUGAUUUUGUUUACCGAAGUCGAUCGAUCGCAACUUCUAAUUUUCAUCUAGACCUUUUUCGAAAUGCAGUUCCGUUUACUGUUUCAGUUUGUUCGAUGUCUCAACUUUCUGAUAGUAUUUGGAAAUUCCCCUUUGCUACUUUAGUUUUUUCAA